AUGGCGAUCCCGGUCGCCCGCGUGCACCUCGCCAUGGCACACGCGGCUCUCCCGGCGCUGCUCCCGACCCCGCCCAAGUGGAAGAUGUUGCCGCUGCUCCCGACGCCACCGUGCGUCGCCGCCGUCCUCCCAAAGUCGCUCGCCAAGCCCAGCCGCGCCGACUCCGACGAGAGGUGGGACGCACGCAAGACGACCAAGCCGACCAGCGCAGAACCCUCAGCCUCAUCAUCAUCAUCAACAACAGGUCCUCGUUCCACCGGCAGCGUCAGGAGCAGCGCCGGACACGGAUCCCCGCGCAAGAACGUGACCUCGCCGCCGCCCAAGCCCGGCCGGGCUGACUCCGUGGAGAGGUGGGACGCGCACAAGAAGGCAGCGAGCCCAGCUUCGUCGUCGUCGUCUUCGUCUUCACGCACGUCUUCCCUCAUAAGCAGCAGCAAGUGGCCAAUCAGCCGCGCGACGUCCGCCGAGCGCUGGGACGUGCACAAGGAGCGUCCUCCGCCGCAGGCCGACCAGCGGCUCGACGACUGCGAGAGCAGCAGUACUGGCAGCAACGACCUCGACACGGAGGAGAUACUAUGGAAGCCGCGGGCCAUGUACGCUGGACCGGGCUUCGUCGUCGCCGCGCCGGAACCCGGCAUGCUUCCCAUGCCAAACAGCGUUCUUGGUUCGCGUUGCAUAGCUGCACCGCACGCACUAAUGGGCUCCGGCUGCUUUGUUUCUUCAGCUAGCAAAAGCAAGCUUCUGUACUACACUCUUUGUUUUAGACGUAGCUGA